AUUUGAUCAAAUGUUUAUUGAGAUAAGGAAAUGGAUGACGGUCUCCUACAAGGCCCUUGAAGCUAUUGCACUUGUAAGCAAUAAUAGUCCACUUCAUUGUGUGCGCAUGUGAGAAUUAGACAUCAACCCACAGUAGCAGGCAGUAAGCAUAAUUUGCAGAGAUGACAUCCAUGACCAUGACAGGCUCAUUCCUAGUUGGUUCGACCAUGACCAAACAACCUUUCACAACCCCACGCAGAGGACUGAUCGUGGCCAAGGCCUCAAGAACCACUGAGGAAGAAAGGGUCAGUGUGGAGAUGAAGAACAAGGAAGAGAGCAGCAGUAGGAGGAGGGAUUUGGUGUUUGCAGCUGCAGUUGCAGUUGCAGUUGCUGCCGCAUUCUCCAUUCCCAAAGUUGCAAUGGCCGAGGAUGAGCCUAAGGCAGGGACCCCAGAAGCUAAGAAGAAGUAUGGACCUGUAUGUAUCACAAAUCCUACUGCUCGUAUCUGCCGCAAGUGAGGGAAUUCUAUCUUCUCAUAUGCAAUGCUGAUUGGUGUUUAAGGUAAUGUAAAAUGGUACCCACUUGUAUCCUUUCAUUGGGAGAAUCCUCUUUGUUAUACUUCUCCUAGUUUUCCUUUUUCUCUAUUUUUCUUUCCUUUUAACAUUUUUACAAAAUCCAAAUACCUGACUGCUUUCCCCCUUCAAUUAUCUUCUAAUUGAGGACGUUAAAACGGACUUUGUACCUGUUAGAACUUCUUCAGUUUAGGGGAUAUCGAAAUGCAGUCUAGUGCCUUAAAGAUUGUCGCUGGUUUCCAGUAUUUGAAGAAUUUAAUAAGUUACUCAUGAGCCCAA